AUGCCGGAUUGGAAGUCGCCCGGGGUGGAUGGGAUAUAUACCUACUACAUCAAGUGGCUCAAGUCUCUGCACAGAGUCACUUACAGGCUAGUGGAGGAGGCAUGCUCGUACGGCAAACCGCAAGACGACUGGUUCUACUGUGGGAUCACCCACCUCCAACCAAAAGGAAACAAACCAGUCUCGGCAUCGCAGUACAGACAGAUCACUUGCGUAUCUAACUUAUACAAGCUAACUAUCCGGUGUGCAACGGAAGCGCUAAAGCGCGAAGUCGAGGGCAGGGGACUACGGUCCGAGAACCAGAUGGGCACGAGGAGCAACGUACAGGGUGCGAAGGAGCACGCGUUGUCGAACAUCGCGCUCAAUGAGAAGCACAACGGACAGUUACGCGCAGUGUGGAUCGACGUCAUGAAGGCGUACGACUCCAUCGACCACGACUACUUGGCACAGGUUAUUGAGAACCUGCACUUGCCAGGGUGGUUAUCACUAUUCAUCAAGCAAACGGUGAAGAAGUGGAAUAUAGAGAUAAGGUGGCACAACAACACUCUCAUGCACAAGAAAGUCUAG